AUGUUGGGUACUCUACUCAGGAAAACUAACGCUGCCAGUGACAGCAAUACAGCUACACCUACAGCAGCUACUACAGCGAACCACCCAAUAUCUCACUUUCCUGGCGUACCAACGAACUCAAAUGCUACAACGCUUACCACAAAAACAGAUGCUUUGUUCAAAUCCUCGAACCAAUUUAAUUCGAGAAACUUUGCAAUAUCGUCGUUGAUAUUGGAAAACAUCUCCGAUGAGUUGAAAUAUAAGCUAUUUGGGACGAAAUACCUGGCAUUUACCGAGGAUUCCUGUGCUAAAUACUGUUUUAGAGUUUUGAUUGCUGAAGAAACUGGUCAAAUUGCCUGUAAGAAUCAUUAUCGAUUUUCACUGGAUUAUUCGUAUCCACAACAGAAUUCUGGUAAUUUAAUGAAAAUUAGGCAAAAUGAAUUGAAACAAUACAUUUUUGGUUCCUUAGUGCCCUCAAUGUCAAAUUUACAGAAUGACAAAUUUAGAAGUAUACCUAAUUCUAAAUUUAUCAUUAUAACAAGAAUUUUCCAUGCAAAUCAGGGCAGUAAUGGUAUCAGCAGCAAAAAUAGAUUUGCAAUUAGUCUAUGUAUACCGAAUUUUCUUACCCCAGUGAUAGCAGAGGCUUGGUCUUUUAUAAAUAUUUGGUUGGAUCAAUCUCAAAAUGUUAUAUCAUCACAGUUGAAUUUUCUGAUAAAGAGGAAUCAGCAAGGUGGUAUUUUACCAAUGGAUUACGGCACCUCAUGCUAUUCAAAGGAUAUUGAUAAGAUUAUCUUUAGUUUAACCAAAAAUUUAUUACCUUGUCUGCGCUCCUUUGUCGAAUUACCAAGACUUAUCCUAUAUCCAAACACUUACUCCAAUUUCAUUGACACUUGGUUCAAAGACUGCUUUAACUGGAUCGAAAUAAAAGAUGGUCCAAAACUAAUUUUUCUACAGACUUUAAUUGCUUUGAUUCUAUUUGACUAUAAUAAUGCUCUCAUCAAUCCUACUGUUACUACAAGAAUAAUUGUUCUAUCCGGAAAUUCAGUGGUUGCCAACAAAUUGAUCUUUAUUUUGAAUGGUCUAUUGAAGCCAAAAUUUCAUGGCAAUAUAGCAAACUUUGUGAAAGUUGUUGAUAAUGAAGUUAAUCGCUCGGACGAUUAUGAAAAUAAUGUUGAUUCACUUUUAGGUCUAGAUGAACCACAUAUAAUAAAACCGUUCGAGAAGGCUAAAACAAUGCCUAUAAUCAAGAGAAAUGUUUCUCAUACUGUGGGGAAAGGAUGGGAAAUUCCCAAGAAGACAUCUUCCAGUUAUGGAUCUGUUUCUGUGUCAUCUGGUGAGUCUUCAGCAGAAGUAAUACAACCGUCUUCUUUCAAAAGUAAUAAUAAUUCAUUGCAUUACUUGUCAUCUUCGUUAUCUUCAAGUCAGGCUGGGUCUUACGGAUCUUGGUUCAAUAAACGACCUUCACUUUUGCAAUUUUCACCAUCCACGAAAUUAAGUCACAAUAAUGAUUCCUGGGAAAAGAUAUCCAGUUCAGCUAACCAUAAUGUUCAUAGAACCUCCAGCAGUGCUUCUUUGCACCAAUCAUAUUUACGGCCAAAUGAUAGAGUAACUCCACAGCAUUCGCCUGCCAUUAGUGAAUAUGAUGAAUAUCCAUGGUUUAACACCCCUGAAUCACUAAAGAUAGAUUCUACUCUAGCAAGCACAGCGACAACUACAACUACUACGACUACAGCUACAAGUAGGCAAAUAUCUGAAAAAUUCUCACUUCAAAACAUUGAAAUAGGCAGAAAUUGUCAACGAAUAUCUCAGUCCAAGAUUAUUGACGAUGUGUUUGAUUCUAUUUGUAAACCUGGUGAAAGUUUGAUAGGUGAUGGCUGUAAAAACAAUAAAUUUACCAGAUCUACAUCCUCAAAAGCUGCAGUCCUAGAAAUUGUCCAAGUGGACAAAGGCAAUCACUGUACGGAACUAUUACCACGCUAUACGACUUAUUUGCCCCAGUUUAACAAUUGGUUCAAACUUCAAGGUAAUCCAAUAACGAUAGAUUCAGAAGCCACUAUUGUAAACUCUAUGAAAAAGGAUCUCGAAAACGAGUUUUUUACAAGAUCUUUAAUUGUAUCACUUAGAAAAAGGGAGAUUAAGGAGAUAAUAAUCAAGAGGGAUGUUGACAAAACAAAUUUAUUCAAACAGAAAGUUCAUAAAGUUUUUAGUAAUGGAAAAUUUGGCAACAUAUCAAUCAAAUUGAUAGAUUUCAUCAAUUUCAUAAAUAACUCAUUAAAGAGAGCCAGAACUUUGUAUGAAGAUGAAGAAUUGAGUGUACUUGAGCGUGACAACGCGCUCAUGAGCAUUUUCCUCUCGAUGAUCCACUACUGUGACGAAUAG